ACAAUCUGACUUUAUUCUGUGCAUGCUACUGAUACUGUUCUGUGACAUGUUUGCUGUAUUUUUUCGUGUAUUUACCUAACUGUUUUUAAAAAACCUUUUCUUUGAAUAUUAAUAAAAUUUUCUAUUAAGCGUCCCACACACAAACUAAACUUCAGUGCCGUGAUUUGAUUAGUAGUAAUUACUACAAGCAGAAAUAUAAUAUAUAUCUUAGUUGUUAUUUUAUACAGAAGCAUAAAAUGACCUCUGACGAAUCAGACGACGAACCAUUGUCGGUAUUAGCAGCAGCUAAAAAAUCUAAUCCAUACCAAUUUGAGACAAAUUUUACCGAUGAAGACUAUGGACCUAGGAAAAAAAGAAAGAAAGCUGUUUAUAAAACAGACACCAAGAAGGCAUCAAUCACAAUUAAAUUGCAUAAAAAGAGAGUGCUGCCUCCCAAAGUAAUAGAACGCCCUACAGAUGUUUGGCUGUAUAUGAAGGAUUUAAACCCAACAGGACCUUAUAGUUGUUUGCUGUGUCCAGAAUGGUUUAUAAACAGAGCAAAAAUGAUUAUUCACUAUGUGCUUAAUCAUAAAAAGGAUUUUUGUGGAAUUUGCAGAUACUUUGUACCAGACAGAGAUUCCUGGUGGGCCCACCUUAAAUUUCAUAUUCCAUGGCCCUGUUCUCAAUGUAUUGAGAAUUUUGAAACUGAAGCUGCACUCCGCCAACAUCUUAGCGUUGCCCAUAAGCUGGUCCACUGCCGUCUUUGUCACUUUAGAGUGUCGGAUGAUGACCAAUAUAAAACACACCUCUUACAAAAACACAAUGUCACUAACGGAACCACUAGUAUUGAUGAUGAGAACAUGUGGGAACUUGACUACGAAGGUGGCACAAAAUUCUUCUGCUUAUUGUGCACAAAAGCAAAUAACUUGUCAACAACUUUUUUCAAUCACUACAUGGGUUACCACCAUUUUACAUUGAAAUGUUUUACUAACGUCAUAUCUGGGAGAGACCCACCAUUCUCUGUGUUUGGUGCCGAUGUCAGCUCUCAAUUCAUUGAUGGGCAACUGAAGAAUCAAGUUAGAUUUGGUUAUGUGGACUUGGAGAAUAAAGUUAUUGAGACUCGGGAGACUGAAAACAAUGAAGCAUCUGAAAUGCUCAAUGUUUUUGUACCAGAAAUCAAGCAUGAAGUUAUUACUGAAGUUGAUGAUAAAUUUAAAGAGGAUGACAAAGAAAGUGAUGAAAUAAAGAAGAGGGAUGAUGAAAUAGUAAAAAAUUAUAAAGGUGAUGAAGAUUUUGAUGUGACACUAAUGGAAUUAAUAUUAUUAGAGAAGUGUUAUUUUAAUUAUGUAAGUCAAACUUUAGAUGACAUAAAUUCAAAUACAGUACCAAUUGUGUCUGAUAUAAACUAUGAAGCAAUAAAAACAAAUGGGACAUUGGAGGUGACCUGUGUGCUGUGUAACACCAAGCUUCCUGUACAAGAAUAUCCAGGACAUGUUGGGAAAAUGCACAGCGUCAAAUCGGUGCCCAUGUUUUCUUGUCGAGUAUGUGCUACAACAUUUGAUAGCCAUCCAGAACUUGAGACACAUGUGACAGAGGAAUUGGCAGAUUUUGAUGAUCUAUGGAUAUGUCAGUUUUGUGACAAAGAGUUUGAUAAUAGGGAGUCUACUAGAAAACAUCUGAUUGAACAUUUGGAUAUCAUGGAGUAUGACAAUUGUUUUAGCCCACAUCUUGGUUUCAAAUGCAAGUAUUGUCCAACAUUAUUCUGGAAUGAAACUGACCGAGAGAAGCACCAAGUCCAGGUGCAUUUUGACAAGUAUCAAGAUCAGUAUUAUAAAUGUAGAAGUUGUUUGGAAACAUAUAGUGACAAGGUAUGGUUUAUUCAUCAUUACUUGGAGAAACAUCAAAACAUUGAAGAAGCUGCACCAUCAUACCUGUUGAAGUGCUGCCUCUGUUGUUUGGUGAUGACCACAGUAGAGGAGAUGAGAGAACACUUCCAGGACACUCACCCUGAGGCAAGAAAGGUGUUCUGUUCGUUGGACUCUUGCCAGUAUAAACCACUCAGUCAUAGGAAAUCAUUUAAGUUACAUAUCAGAACCGUGCACACAGUGGGCGGACGUCCGGAGCGGGCGGCGCAGUGCGCGGUGUGCGGGCGCGAGUUCCCGAGUUCGCGCGCGUGCAGCACGCACGUGGCGCAGGCGCACGGGCCCGGCAAGUACAAGUGCAAGCUCUGCAGGGAGGUCAUGCACACCAUGGAUGAGAGAAAACUUCAUUACUUACUCCGACAUCCUGGUCGACAUCCAUUUGAAUGUUCAGAAUGCGGCAAGUCGUUCCAAUACAAGUCUUCGCUGUAUAUGCACAAACAGGACCAUGCACCUAACAAACAGACAUUUACUUGUGACUACUGCGGCAAAGUUUUUAUGAAGAAGGACUCAUUCCGCGAACACGUACAAAUCCACGAGGGCCCUCGGCACGCAUGCUCGUACUGUCCGAUGCGGUUCGUGCAGCGAUCCAACAUGCUGCGGCAUGAACGUCGUCAUACGGGCGAGCGGCCCUACGCCUGCCCGGAGUGUCCACGCACCUUCGCGGACAAGGGCGCCUGCACCUCUCACGCCAGAACUCAUUCAAAAGAUACAUCAUAUGCUUGCCUGUAUUGUGGUCAGACAUUUGUGCAGAAAUCAAAGCUCACCUAUCAUAUUAGAAAACACACUGGAGAGAAUUUGGAAACAUGUCCAAUAUGUUCGAAAAUGUUUACAAGCGCGUGCUCGCUACGUGAACAUAUGAAAAUCCAUCAGGCCAGAAAAGGAUCUGUUAAAUGUCCUUUAUGCGAUAAAACGUACCAAGACGAACGGUACAUGCUGCGACACUUACGGACGACCCACACGAGGUCGCACUUCUCCUGCCCCAUAUGCAACAAGUCGCUCAGCAGCACCGCCGGCCUACGUCAUCAUGUUCUCACACACAGCUCUAUCAAUACAUACAGGUGUAAAGUUUGCCCCAAGUCGUAUGCUGUGAGAAGAACUAUCGUAAAGCACCUUCGAAAACGCCACGGGAUCAAGGAUUCAGUAGUGAAUAUAAAGGACUUCUACAGGAAAAUGGACCCGAGGGAAUGCGAACUAGGUCUAGAGGAAGAGGUCAUGAACAGUAUCUUUGGACCUCCCAAGAAAGAAAAUGUCUUUUUGGCUAAUUUUGUUACAUUUAAAAAACUGGACUUACCUGAAGAAAGUCCCAAGGAGAACGCGAAUGAUGAUGAAGGCGACGACGAAGAAGACGGUGAUGAAGAAUCUGAUGAUGGUAAAGAUGAAGAUACAUCCAAAGACGGUGAUGAAAGCAAUGAUUUUGUAAAAAAUAAGGUAAUAAAACAAGAACCAAUUGACAAUGAGGAGUUAGAACCCACUGAUUUUGUAAGUGUUAAAAUUGAACAUGUGGAGGCAAAUACGGAUGAAGAAAAUUAAUAUUUCUUAAUGUUUGCUCAUUGACAUGAGUAAAUAGGCGGCAUUUCGUUUAUAUUAUAUCGAAUGAAUUUGUUUAGAGUACGGAAAAAUGUGACCUAAUAGGUAUAUGGAGUGAAUCGAUUAUUACUGUAUUUAAAUCUCAAAAUUUAAAGUUUUUUGCUACAUAAUUUAUUCGGCGGAAGAGUAUAUCAUUAUUGAAACUACCCCUAAUUUUGCUAACAAGAUAAAAAAAAUAUUUUGUAUAACUGUGUAAUGCAGUGGAGGUAAAUACGUAUUCCACUGUACACAAUGUGGAAGAUGAGAUUUUUUUAUUAUAAUACUAGAAAAAUACUAAUUUUCUUAGAAUU